AUGGGUCAUGGCUGCAGCUGGGCUUGGGAAUCACUGCUGCCAUCCUCAAACUCUCUGCACGCCUUUUUGGAGUUAUUCAGCUCUGUACAUCCAAACCACAAUCUCCCUUCUGUUUGCUCACAGAGACACCAGCAAAAGCCAGUAUCCAAAAUGAGAUUCGGAAGUUUGCCAAGUAAACAUUCGAGAAGGGCAGACAUGGAGGUUCUCCUCCUCUUUGUGUCUUUGCUGCAAGGUGAGUCACCAGAAAACUCUGCAGGCACCAAAGGUUCCUGCUGGAGGUUUGCUGCUUCCCAUCACUAUGGGGCAGGACAGCCAGGGCUGGUGGACCUGUGCCUGUGGCACCCCAUUUGGGUUGGGGAAGAUUCCCCAUCCACAGGGGUGUCCACGUCUCUGAUUAAUGUGCUUCUUCCCUCCUUCCCCAAAGAGGCAGCCUCGAGCACCUUGUAUGGGCCCAGGUUUUUGACAGGCGCAGUUGGAGGGUCCAUCACCCACCAGUGCUUCUACUCCAUCACGCCUGCCAACAAGUACGACAGAAAGUUUUGGUGUAAAAGGGACAGAGAUGGGAUUUGCUACACCAUCAUCUCCACCACCAACUUCAUCUCAAAAGACCACAUGGGCCGAGUGGCCCUGGAGGACGUCCCCCAGCAUGGCACUUUCAUGGUUACAAUGACACAGCUGAAGACAAGUGACACGGGGACCUACCGCUGUGGCAUUGGCCCCACCAACAGGGACCUCUACGUCAGCCUGAACCUGACAGUGUCAGCAGAUGUGGGCACUCAGAGGCCAAUUGAGCUGCACCUCGGGGAGCUCCGUGGCUCCAUCACCAUCCCCUGCCCACCCGGGGACAGCUGGGGUGGCACCAGGAGGCUAUGGUGCAGAGUGGGGAGAAGCAGGUGCAUCCUCAUUGCUGACACCGAUGGCUAUGUGGGGAAGAGCUACGAGGGACGGAUCUGUAUUACCCCCCAGGAGAGCUCUGGAGCAUUCAAAGUGCUGAUAAAUGAUUUAAGGUUGGACGAUGCAGGGCUGUACAAGUGUGGGAUGGGCAGCCCAGCUGACUGGGACAGCUGGCAGCUGGUGGCCCUGCAGGUGACCACAGUCCCUGCCCAGCCCCGGAGGUUGAAGUUUCUGCAUGGCAGGCUGGGGGGCUCACUGUCCCUUAGGUGCCACCACAACCCCGUGGGCAGCUACACCACCAAGUACCUGUGCAGGUGGCAGGAGGCCAGCUGCUCCCUGCUGGUAGACACAGACGGGUUUGUGCACGAGUCCUACAAAGGGCGCAUAUGGAUCAGCAACAGUGAGCAGGACAGUGGGACCUACACCGUGGUGAUGAGCCACCUGCGGGAGGAGGACGCGGGGUGGUACUGGUGUGUGGCCAGGAACAGGCACAGGGAGCACACGACCUCCAUGAAACUGCGCAUCGAGACGGAAACCUUCACUUCACAAAACCCAUCAAGGCACAAUUCUGUGAACCCCACUUCGCCGUUAAGGUCAGCUUCCAAACAUGUAGUGGCACAGAGGAGCACCACAUGGUCAACAUACACCAUGGGACCAACAGACACCACUGGGCCAACAUACACCACGGGACCAACAGACACCACUGGGCCAACAGACACCACGGGACCAACAGACACCACUGGGCCAACAUACACCACGGGACCAACAGACACCACUGGGCCAACAUAUACCAUGGGACCAAGAGACACCACUGGGCUGACAUACACCAUGGGGCCAACAGACACCACAUGGCCAGCAUACACAACUGGGCUGAGACACAGCACAAAGUUGGCAUACAGCAUGGGCACCAGCACUGAGGGCACCAGACCCCAUCCACCAGUUCUCUCCCCUGGCACCUUUGUGACUUCCCACAGUGACACCUACAUCCAGAGCUCAUCGGAUGAAUUCCCUCUGCUCUCUGUUGUGAUACCAGCUCUGGUUUUGCUGAUUUUCAUCAUUACCACUGUUCUUGUUCUUACCAAAAUAAAGCUUCGUAAGGAGAUGGGAGAAGAAGGAAGCACCCUGGGACAGACAGAAGCUGUGCUGGUGCGGGCUGGGCUGAGUCCCACAGAAGGACAAGGGAUGGAGGAGCUCGGCAGCCCAGACAACACCAAUGGAUGCAAGGCAGAGUCGGGCAGACAUCGGUGGGUGUUUUCUUGCAACUGGUGCUGCAAAUGCCAGCUGCCUUACUAGGAGAGUCCCAAAACCAAUUUUAAGGUGCUCUGCUGCUUAGCGUGUAAAACAUCUCUGCAAGACAAAUGUUGAGUAUGCAUUCCCGGAACUGCUGCCUUUAUCCCUUACCAAGAGGCGUUGAGCCAUAAUCUUCAAAAUAAUUUGAUUAAAUUCUACACAAGGCCUAUAAAUUUAUUUUAGUGUCGAUUACAACUCUCGCUGACGCAUUAUGAACGCGUUAUCGCUCUUCCUGCUUGCUUGUUUCAACAAAAUCUGAUUGCUUGCAACCUCUUGCAGUAUUAUACAGAAGCAAUCCUUGAUCAGUGUUGCAAUCAUAUUUUUUUUUCUGCCAUCCAUCUGCAGGAUAAUACGUGCUCUCCUCGGAAGGUUUGGGCAGACC